CAACAUAAUUAGAAAAAUGUAAGAAUCCUCUAUGACAUAUUAUUGCAUCUUUAAUGAAACCCCACUAAAGAUGAGAAGUCUUUUGCAGAUUCACAACUUUAGUGUUUGAGGGUAUGAGAGUAUAUUUUCACACAUUUUGGCUCGAGGCUGGACAGGCUUGACAUAAUUUGGUCCUUGAGGAAAUGUAAUUGGGGACAUCUGCUGUAAGAUACUAAAAGAUCAUACAUCUGAUGUUCUUAUGCUUUUGACUAACUGGCACAUGGUGGCAGAUAGCCUUUUCUAUUUCUUCUUGCCAGAUGACACUAACUAAUAUUCUGACAUUUGAACAACAGUGUUGUCCCAUUCUUGUAACUGGGCUCAUUGUUGUGGGGUAUGUCUCCCUGUUUACAGAGGGACAGUUUUGUCCCUGUGGUAUGCUGGCUGGAUUCCCUGUUUGACCUGCUGUUCCCCAGCCGUAGUGUGGGGCAACUCUGUGCUUGGGCUUUUGAUGCAUCCCCUGCUACUCACAACUGCCCAGUGUGUGAUACUUAUAUGUCCAGUCAUCCAUGCAAAGACAAGGGUAGGCCAUUCAAGUCGCCCUGCAUAGAGCCCGAGGGGUCCCAGAAAUGCUUCUAUUGCUUCUGGCUUUUGAAUUUUAACAUUAUAAAUCAGUUUAAAGAUUUUGAGAACUUGUUAAAAUCACAUUUUUGAUAGUUAAUUUGAUUUGAUUACAUUUGGCAUUGUUUGACUCUCAAACCAUCAGGUAGGCUCAUUAAAUUAAAGAAUUUACCAUUACAGUGCCAUGAUUUACAUGUUGUCUUGAGUCAAGAUUAGACUUUAGUUCCCAGGGUCAGGGGCCUUGUAUAGAUUAGGCAGAAAUAGCAUGGGUCUUAGGGGUCUUAGACUGUGGUGUCACAGAACUGCUGUAGUGUCAGGAUCAAGUGUCAAGCUGUUUGUGUACAACAUGAGACCAUGUUAUCAUACAGUGACAUCAUCAGUGAAGGAUUUGAGAGAACUUAUUAGCCAUACCACUGCACUGCAGAGUGUGGUGUGAUCAUAGUGUAAUACUGACUUGCACCCAGGCCUCUUGUCUUUCUGCUACCCUUUUCACUUACUAAAUAUUCGUCUGAUCCUUUCCCUCAUAAAAGAGGCACUGUGGUUGCUUGGCAACAAUGAAUGCCAACUCAUUCUGGUAGGCCAUGGCCACUCCCCCUCCACUGGGCUCGGCAAGGAUAAAGUAACAUGUUGCUUUCUUUCUUGCUUGCUCCCUCUGUAAACUUGGGAGUGGAACUCUAUACUGUGCUGGACAUUGACAGAUUUGCAGAGAGGAUGUGCAGUAAAGUCACGCUAGGACAUGCAAACUUGUUGGAGAGUGUUAAUCAAGUGUUGCAGUAGGCCUGGAGGACAUAAACAUAGAGAAAAAACACGCCUUCAGAGGGGGCACCCCCAUUCAGGCUGUGGUGUUACUGAUGCACGGUUGACUUUGUACACGAGGAGGAAUGAGCACUGGGAUGGAGGCUCUUGAUGUCUGGCUGAAGCUGGCUUGCAUACCACGAGCUACUCAGUUGGCUGGAUUUAGUGCUUUGGAAAGGAAACCAGUAAUGAGAUUGUCUCUGAAAGAGUAGAGUGGUCCGGGUGAACCUGCAAAAAGUGAAAAGGAAGCAGCACUGCUGACUCUCGAGGCAUUUUCUCCCUCACUGCCAUCAUUGAUUGAGGACAGCAAGAGAAAAGAUAUUCAUGCCUGGUCAUCAAAUUCAAGUGCUUACAUUGCUGCUAGCAGAAUGUGAAGUUUUUUAGAACUACAGAAGUAGGCAAAGUCCUGCUGAAACUAAAAUGUCUAAUAAGACCUUCACCAUGUCUACUGACCAAGUUAGGAACACAGUUCCUGCACCUCACAGAGGCCUGCAGCUGGGCCUAUCCCCUGAGAGUUAUGACAGCAACUCAUCCAUGUCCCCGUCACCUGACUCCAACAGUAGUAUUUGCAGCCCGAGUGACAGUGAAGCCAAUGGUUCCCCUGACAUCAACAUGCUGGAGUGCUGCCUCAAUGAUAGUCCCUUUGUGGAUAAACCUAAUAUCUCUCCACAGGGUAAUGUGCUAUGUAGUUUGAAUUCAAAUCUAAAUGAAACUUACAUUGCAACAUCUGUCAAUGGUAGCCUAAAUGUUUGGAAUAAAAACUUGAGUCUGUUGAGCAGCCAAGAGACGGGAUCAGAAAAGUACCACACAUUUAGUGAGAACAUGGGGGAUUGUAAUAACACUCCAGUGACCUCGCCACACUCUGCUGGGAGGGAAAGCCACCUGAGUUCAUGUAAAACCUCUUGUAGAGAAUCCACUGAGCACGAUUGUUGCUCCCUCAGUUCUGGUGAAAUGGUGAUGAGGAGGAACAGUUUUUGUCUGGAUGACCAGUCACUAUUGGUAGUCUCUUCCCUGGACGAGUCAUCAAUCUCUCCAGCUGCCAGCCACCAAGCAUUACCUGCUGAAUCUAAACUUCUAUCAACCACUUUGCCUGAUGUCUGUGAAACGUCUCCAGAAAGAGUCAUGAAGGAAAAUGUGGGUCUUGGCAUGACUUUUAUUCAGGGAGACAACUGUGAACUCCCCGCUGAGGAAAAUGACACUGCAACAUGUAACUAUCUUGCAGCUCUGCCAAGUGAGAAUGAAGGUGGUCUUUUCAUGACCUUUGUCUGUGAAACAUCUUCUACAGACAGUGGUCAUUUUAUUAAUACUGGAGCAGAGUUGUUGGCCCCUUUCUCUUUAGCAGUUACACCAGAACAAGGAAACCCCUUUGUGUCCACUCUUUCAGCAAUGCAAGAAAUGGGCAAGCAUAUUCAUACUUCCACUCCAGUACAAACCAUUGACAACAAGAUACCCAGUCUUCCCUCAUUUUCAGAGUCUCCCUGCACUGGCACUGUAAGCAGUCCAGGACUUCACCCUGUUAAGCAGCAGCCGGACUCUGUGAGUCCUGAACACCCUUUGGUUACAGUACUGCCAUGUUCAGCUACCAAAGUCAAAUCAAUGGAAAUUAAGAAGUUUCCUAAGUCAAAUUUCAGUAAUGUAAAAUCCAGAGUCCUGACAAGAGCUAUUAAUCAUAUUACUGUUCCAGGCCCUGCUUUACAACACAAACCAUCACGUAUUCAAGUUAAUUUGACCAAUGAACACACUGAUGCACUUAGAGCAACAGCUAUUCGGAUUAGUCCUGCCAAAGUGAAGAGCAACAAUGCAAUUGUCUCUCCUGCCCUUAAACUUGUCAGUGACACUCAGAAACGAGUAAAUACAGGAGCAGCCAACUUAUGUGUGAAAAUGGUACCGUCACAUGGGCACACUGCUGUAAAUGGACAGGUCAAGGGUAAAGCAUUCCCAUUGGACCACCAGACAGCUGCUAAUAAAAAUGCUUCCGCUCUCCAAACAAGCAACACCAGCCCUGAAAUGAAGCAGGCAUCCUCAAGCCAAGUACCAGACAACCCAGCACAUGAUGCUGGCAACCAGACCGUCUGUUUGUCAACCUUGAAAAAAUCCCUUGAAAAAAUAAAUCCCAAACCAGCUCCAAAGAAGGGCAUAUUAAACAAAAUUGGGGUCAGGUCAGGCUCAGCUUUAAGUCAGGACAAAGCUCUUGUCCAUAAAACACGGCCUCGCUGCUCAUCAGAGAGUUCAUCUUCAACUAGGCCACCCAAAGAGAAGAAAACAACUUGGUGGUUUUCAAAAAGCUUUUCCAUUCCCAAAGUCGACAGCCACCUUGGCCACACCAAAACCAAAGGAAACCAGACCUGCUCUUCCCAGAAUAAACACAACGCACAAGCUGACACCUCAAAGGAACCUGUUGAUAACGCUGCCAGAGCGGUGAAGAAAAUCAGCUUGUUGGUAGAGUCCAGGUCAUCGACAGCAACAGGAGACCCACAGGAAGACAGUAAGAGCCGAUUCUAUAUACGACCAUCUCCUAGACAAACAAGAGGAGCACCACCAGCUAUCAGUCAAAGUGCUGCAACUCUGUCAACUAGACCAAGGCAGUUCACCCUAGGCAGGAAUGAGUCCAGGAGCUCCAAAGCUAUUGCGACACCCCAGUCCAAACAGAAGGGCAUUACAGGUAGUCAGAAAAGAGACCCAUCUCUUGAAAGUAUAAAGCCCAAGCCAAAUGGAUCUCAACCUCCCAAGACUCCUACUCGCCCCUCUCUUAUGGGGCCUCCCCCCACUCCUGCUUCUAGACCACGCAGGUCACUGGAACCAUCCAGGAACGUCCCUGAGGCCAGUGUUCACAGUGAGCUGAGUGAAGGCACUGGAUGUACUAAAGCUGCAUUUGAUGGAAAAGAUGGAAAGCUUUGGAGAAUAUCUGGGGGAACGCCAUACAAACAAACCCAAUUAAAAUCUGUUUUGCUGAAAGCAAGGCUCCUCUCAGCACCUGGAAGAAGCACAGAGAAAUCUUUGACCACAGGAUGCAAGUCUGCUGCUCCAACCAGCAAAAGAGCUACAAAUUCUUCCUCCACUCCUCUGAAAAGAUCCGCUUCUGCUAGACUUUUACGACCAACUUCUGGCGGACUUGUGGACAAGACCAAAUCCAAGGGCACCUCCCAUCAGCAGCAACCAUCCCAACCAAACCAGACUCAUGGACCUCCAGAUGUGGUACCACCAAGUGUCACCAAGGGUGAAAAGAAGGACCAGAGCAUCCAGCAGCUUAUGAGACUUCUCACAGCCAGUAACUGCAGAUUUGAGGCACUCACCAUCGUCUUGCAGCAAACAUUGAUAGAGCGAGAUGAAGCCACGCGACAAUGCAGGGAGCUGUCCCAGGAGCUGGUCAGCCUUCGGGGAGAUCUGGUUUCCUACAUCAAUUCAUCUGAGCGUUUGGAGAAAGAGAAGGAGCUGCGUGUUUCUCUGGAGGCUUCUCUGCAGAAACUACAGGAGCAGCACCAGAAAGAUGUGUCUGAGCUGGAGCAGAGGCUGCAGGCCUUCUACCAGGCUGAGUGGGACAAGGUCCACCUCACCUACCAAGAGGAGGCAGACAAGUGCAACACUCUCAUGCAACAGCAGAUGGGGGAGCUCAGAGCUAAUCAUGAAGCCUUGAAGCUGGAACUACAGAGCAGCCAUGAAGAACAGCUGCAGUGUGUGAAACAGCAGUAUGAAGAGUCACUGGAAGAACUCACAAAAGUUCACCAUCAGGAGCUGCAGUCUUUGGACAAAAUGUUGAAAGAUGCAGAAUCUUCUCUAUUGGGACAGAUUCAGGAGCUGACAAUAGAGAACAAUGCCCUCAUAGAGAAGCUAACAGCAGAGGAGAGGAGGAGGAAGGAGUUGGCUGACAAGAGUCAGAAGGACUCCCACAGCUUGUACCUGGAGCAGGAGCUGGACAGCCUCAAAGUGGUGCUGGAUAUCAAAAACAAACAGCUCCACCAGCAGGAGAAAAAGCUGAUGGAGAUAGAAAAACUGAUGGAGAAAAAUGUGAAGUUGGAUGAGAACCUUAAGAAGGUCCAGCAGGAGAAUGAGGACCUCAAAGCUCGCAUGGAACGACAUGCUGCCAUGUCAAGACAACUGUCCACAGAGCAGGCCAUGCUGCAGGAGUCUCUUCAGAAAGAAUCCAAGGUGAACAAGCGUUUGUCCAUGGAGAACGAGGAGCUGCUGUGGAAGCUUCAUAACGGAGACCUGAGUAGCCCCCGCAAGGUGUCGCCCACCUCCACCUCCCCCUCCCACUCCUUCAACUUCCAGUCACCUCGCAGCUCCGGCCUCUUCUCCAGUCCUCCUCUCUCACCCAGAUAACGAUAGGCCCCUGCUUCCGGGAAGCAGAGCGUCACAUUUGAGUUAUCCCUCCAGAACAUGGAGCCAUGUUUGUUUCCUGUUUGCUUAGCCACACAGCAGUCUGACUUUGGCUCCUGCAGGAUUAGAUGAACUCUUACAAUUUCUGUACAGAAGCGAGAGACUUGAACAUUGUUGCACAGAAGCACUUAUAAGCAAGGCCACCACGUUUGUUUGCCUUUCACAUCUGAAACUAUGGGUGAGGGGAAAAGGAAAACUCAGGACUUCUAUGAAAUGAAUCACUAUUUUUGUCACUUAUGUUUGUUGGUGGAGGCUUUUUUUUUUCCCCUGAAGCUCACAUACAAUAUAUGCUGUAAAGAAAUGCAUGCACAUGUAUACACCUGUGCAGAUUCAGCCCUGCAGUGAGAAAGGACUUCUGUGUGUCUCCACAGAUCACAGCUGAGAAAGGUCUGAUUUAGUACAGCUUUGAAUGCAGAGGACUGUGUCCCUCCUCAGGGUGUGUUUUUAUUUCAAAUAUGUUGAAUUCCUGCACCAUUUCUCACAGCUAAGUGCCGUCAUAUUACCAACAUCCCACUGCUACUCAGUCAUUAAACCAGUUUUGCUCAAAAGGGAAUUUUCAUACUCAGUCAAGUUCAGAAAUCUUUAAUCUCAGUAUUUGUUCAUACUAACAGUUAAAAUCCUCAUUGGCCUCAGGUUCAUUCAUUUGUGUGUUUGACUGAUUGACAAAGGGACCAGUCCAAGUCUUUGUGCAUGUGUUUGAGUCAGUCAUCUUUCACUGGACCCUCCUUUACAUUGCAGCUUUAAAUUUGGGGUCUUUGCAAAGAUUUGACCAGAAGAAGCCUUGCUUUCACAUGUCGGAUACACUGCAUCUUGGAAUUGUCUCAAAAAGAGUAUUUUGUGUGGAAUUGAUAAUAUUGGUGUGUUGGCCCUGUUUGAAAUAUGCAAUUAAAGUCUUGUAUUAAAAUUAAAA